GAUUCCACACUUCUGCAAAUUAACUUGUUGCCUCACUUCAAUUCAUACUCUCAAAAACAAUCUUAUUUGAGCUAAAAGAUAUGGGUGUUUUUCGGUUGCAAUCAUUAGUUGCUAAUGCAAAACAACUAAUCAAACUAAACAACAAACACCAGAAAGAUGUUCCCAAAGGAUACUUAGCUGUGUAUGUAGGGGAAAUUCAAAGAAAAAGGUUUGUGGUUCCUUUAUCUUACUUGGAUCAACCGUUAUUCCAAGAUUUGUUACGUAGGUCCGAGGAAGAAUUCGGGUUUAACCAUCCUAUGGGAGGACUUACUAUUCCUUGCUGUGAAGAAGCUUUCAACCAUCUCACCACCCAAUUACAUAAUUAAUAGUUUGAGGAUUAAAUUUCUUCAUCAUCAUCAAAAGAGUUUGGGUGUAUUGUUUCUUUAUGGUUUUUAGAUGACAGUAUGAUAGGUGAAGUUGUAUGAAGGAGCAUACCA